UAGCUACCUACUUCAAAGAUGAAAAUCCUUUCGGUUGCAUUCCUGCUCGGCCUUUUGGCUCUGACCAGCGCCACCCCUCUGAACCCUGGCAAUGUCAUUAUCAAUGGAGACUGCCGUGUUUGCAACGUCCAUGGCGGAAAAUAAGAUGGAAAUACAUGGCAUACGAAAUCGGCUAUUAAGAUGAAAAUACAUACGUUAUGAAGCAAUAAAUAAUGUCUUAUCAAUUUUUGAUUGAACCACUUGAAAUAAAAUUCCCACGCUAAUCUCUAUGACAGCUGUAAAACAAA